GAAUUCCAAACUGUGCACAGAAUGCUGAAUGUUCUCCCCACUGGGACGGAUCAGACAGUGCAGAAAAGCCGACUCCUGUAAUUCUCUGAUUGCGUAUUUACAACGCGUUUCCUUGAGCUUUGCGCCAAACCUCGGGUAGGAAGGGAGUUGGGACCCUGGCCCAGCGCAGCUGGUGCGGAGGGUCCGCGGGCAAACCCGCCCGUCCCUGGCCAUGUCAUCUUUAAUGCCUUGCCCUUUUACCUUGCCUUCUGAGGGUUUCCAGGGCUGCCUGGGGUUGCCUCCCACCCGCGCUUUCUCUCUCACCCCCAGCCAAACCCAGCGGACAGGACUCCCCAGUGCCGAGAUCUUUUGACUCUGCUCUCUCGCUCUGGCCUCCGCCCCAGCCCGGGGGUGGCCUUCAAGAGCCGGACCUGGUCUGGCACUGCCUGGGACCAUGGUGUUUCUCUCCGGAAAUGCCUCCGACAGCUCCAACUGCACUCACCCGCCCGCACCGGUGAACAUUUCCAAGGCCAUCCUGCUUGGGGUGAUCUUAGCGGGCCUCAUCAUUUUCGGGGUGCUGGGAAACAUCCUAGUGAUCCUCUCCGUGGCCUGCCACCGGCAUCUGCACUCGGUCACUCACUACUACAUCGUCAACCUAGCCGUGGCCGACCUUCUGCUCACUUCCACGGUGCUGCCCUUCUCUGCGAUCUUCGAGAUCCUGGGCUACUGGGCCUUUGGCAGGGUCUUUUGCAAUAUCUGGGCGGCUGUGGACGUCCUGUGCUGCACUGCGUCCAUCAUGGGACUCUGCAUCAUCUCCAUUGACCGCUACAUUGGCGUGAGCUACCCGCUGCGAUACCCCACCAUCGUGACCCAGAGGAGGGGUGUCAUGGCUCUGCUCUGCGUCUGGGCGUUCUCCCUGGUCAUCUCCAUAGGGCCUUUGUUCGGCUGGAGGCAGCCAGCCCCCGAAGACGAGACCAUAUGCCAGAUCACGGAAGAGCCAGGCUACGUGUUGUUCUCGGCUCUGGGCUCCUUCUACGUCCCGCUGGCCAUUAUCCUGGUCAUGUACUGCCGAGUCUACGUGGUGGCCAAGAGGGAGAGUCGAGGCCUCAAGUCUGGCCUCAAGACUGACAAGUCAGACUCCGAGCAGGUGACUCUCCGCAUCCAUCGGAAAAAUGCCCCCACAGGGAGCAGAGGAGCAUCCAGCGCCAAGAAUAAGACGCACUUCUCGGUGAGGCUCCUCAAGUUUUCCCGGGAGAAGAAGGCGGCCAAAACGCUGGGCAUCGUGGUCGGCUGCUUCGUCCUCUGCUGGCUGCCUUUUUUCUUAGUGAUGCCAAUUGGGUCUUUCUUCCCUGAUUCCAAGCCCUCGGACACCGUUUUUAAAAUAGUAUUUUGGCUCGGAUACCUAAACAGCUGCAUCAACCCCAUCAUAUACCCAUGCUCGAGUCAAGAGUUUAAAAAGGCAUUUCAGAAUGUCUUGAAAAUCCACUGUCUUCGCAGAAAGCAGUCUUCCAAACAUACUCUGGGCUAUACCCUCCAUGCGCCCAGCCAGGCCCUGGAGGGGCAGCACAAGGACGUGGUACGCAUUCCAGUGGGAUCAGGAGAGACCUUCUAUAAGAUCUCCAAGAAGGAUGGGGUCUGUGAAUGGAAAUUUUUCUCUUCCAUGCCCCAUGGAUCUGCCAGGAUUACAGUGCCCAAAGACCAAUCAGCCUGCACCACAGCGCGGGUGAGAAGUAAAAGCUUUUUGCAGGUCUGCUGCUGCGUAGGGCCGUCGACCCCCAGCCUCGGAGAGAACCAUCAAGUUCCUACCAUUAAGAUCCACACCAUCUCCCUCAGUGAAAAUGGGGAGGAAGUCUAGAGGACAGGAAAGGUCAGAAGUGGGGAUAAUCUUAGGUAACCACCUCACUUCCCACUCAGAAAUCCAGUUC